AUGGGAUCUGUUUAUUAUUGUUGUAUAUGGAAGAAGGGGGGUGGGGUUGUGUAUGCUUACAACGGUGGAGACCCUGAAAUUGAGAAUCUGGCGGCAUUGUGCUUGGAGAAAACCCCUCCUUAUCAUAGAUGGUAUCUUCAGACAAUGGGCAGAAAGACAUUCGGGUUUCUGAUGGAUGCAGAAGAAGAUGGUUAUGUAUAUUUUGUGAUUGCUGACGAGGUUAUUGGGAAUAAAGGAGUUCUAAGGUUUUUGGAACAUCUGGGGAAAGAAUUUAGGAAGGUGACUAAGAAGGGUUCAAGUAAGAGUCAUAAUGGUGAGGCAAAUGUGAAUUCCUCCUUUUCCAUACAAGACCAACUGGUUCCGGUUAUCCAUUGUCUGAUUUCCUCGUUCGAGAGCAUGUCCAGAAUUGGUGGUGGUGAUGGCGGUAGUGAAAGGCCAGAACAAGUUCCUGCCCCGUAUUCUAGUGUUGAGCUCUCUCCUUCACCUAAUGACAUUGUUGGGAAUGGCCAAGUUGAUGGUGUUCCUUUGUCAAAAGCACCAUUGUUAGGCAAGCCUAGCAAACAAGAGAAGAAGAAAAUGAAGGAGCAUAUAAUUGGGAUCCGUGACAUUGAGUUGGAAGAGAACCAUCGAAAAUCUGCCGAUAGGGGAGGAGGAGCUAGGGGGGUUUCACACUUGGGAGCUUUUGAUUCUAACAGCCAAAGCUCUUCUUCAGUUUCUCCAUUACAGAAGGAUUUUGGCUCAGCCCGGUUCAGGUCUUCAAGCUCUCAACUUAUCCAAAAGAGAUGGUGUCGACAGGCAUAUGUGGGGGCCUUAAGUGCAUUAGUUGAUCAGUUUUGUGUCAUCUCAAUCCGAGGAUUGCUUCUCCUCUUCAUCACCUGCCGCCUCCUCGAGCAGAUUAAAGAAGCCAGAGUUUAA